AUGGUGAAGUGGUACCCUACAGAAGACUUCAAAAAGACCAAAACUAGGGAAGAACAAAAACCAACAAGGCUCAGAGGUGGGAUCACUCCUGGUCAGGUUUUAAUCCUCCUGGCUGGUAAGCACCAAGGCAAAAGAGUUGUCUUCCUCAAGCAACUUGAAAGUGGAUUGUUGUUGGUAACUGGACCAUACAAACUUAACGGAGUCGCACUCAAAAGAAUCCCUCAAGCUUACACUGUGCCUACAUCAACCAAGAUCGACAUCACAGGACUUGGACUAGGUCCAAUGAUCGUACACUUUGAUAGCCUAUAUUUCAUUAGAGAAAAUUUUUGGAUUUGAUCGAAAUUUAAUGGUCUUUUUGAUCUAUUAAAAACUAUUGACUAGAUUUCCCAAGAAUUGCCGAAUAUCAAAAAUACACAAUCAUUUGACAUCGAGCCGGACUUGACACCUCAAGCAUCAAUGACGCUUUCUUUGCAAAAGAAAAGAAAAAGGCUGCAAAAAGCGAAGAACAGUUCUUUGUCGCUAAGCCAGCCAAGAAAGAGGUGCCAGAAUUCAAGAAGGCCGCACAGAAAAAUCUAGACUCAAGCAUUGUUUCUGCUAUCUCAGAUCCUCUGGUCAAGAAAUACUUAUCAACUAAGUUCAGACUGAGAAACGGGAUGUACCCACACUUGCUUAAGUUUUAA